UCAUAUAAAAGAUUCGUUAUAAAUGAACGAAUCGUUCAUGAACCGACACAUCACCAAGUCACAGUUGGGGCAGUUACAGGGAGACGGAGGCUGCACAAAGAACAAGACCCCAUCGUCAAAUUUCUUCUUCUUAUUCAAUCCCUGCCUCCUGCUCCCUACAUCGCUUUCCUAUUGGUCCACAGUGUUCAAUCCAGCUUGCUUAUUGGCUGCCUAGUAUGUCAAUCAUCGCUACUCGUUCCCGUUGUCUUUUCAUCACGAAAUGCGGCUAUGUAGGUUACUCGUCUUUAACUCAAAAUUUGAUGCCCAGUCUUAGAAAGUGAACAAAGCUGCAAUGGCGCCGACGACGGAGUCCAGGCUGAAUGUUGAUGCUUUGAGUAAGAAAGAUGUGCUGCUGCUCUUCAGUGUGCUGGAGGGAGAACUGGAGGCCCGAGACCUUGUCAUCCAGGCACUGAGGGCUCAGCGCAGGGAAACGUAUGUGUGGGAGCGCUAUGGGAAAUAUGAUGUGAGCGAUCCCUUCCUGGCCCUGCAGAGGGACAACGAGGCUCUUCGCAGCUCUGCUCAGGGCAGAGGAAAUGGUGCAAGUUGUUCACAGAGACGAGAGACAGACAGCAGACGCUCUGAUCCACUGACCAUGCUCAGGCUGGUGGUGGGACACUGCAGGAGAAUGCAGGAGAAGAUGUUGAAACAGCUUGCAGCUGCUGAGAGCAGGCACAGAAGGGUCAUUGCAGAUUUAGAGGAGGAGAAGAGGAGGCAUGCUGAGGAUACAGCUGAGGGAGAUGAUGUCACAUGCAUUUUAGAGAAAGACAGAGAGCGCCUCCUACAGCAGUUGGAGUUUGAAAAGACAAAGUUCUCCCGCAUGGAGAAGGAGAACAAGCGAUUGCAAGCUCAGCUGGAGGAUGAACGUGUACAGCACAAGCAGCUAAUGGCUGCGCUGGGGCGCGAAUGCAAACGCUCGAGCUUGCGUUCCCACGAGGAGGGACAGCGUGCCAGUGAGCUUAGUCGCCGCCUGGAACGCCAACGUGCCACCAAUCAAAGUCUGCGGGCGGAGCUUGAGGAGGAGAAGACGCGUGCCAUGCAGAUGGAGGCAAGAAGGGAAGAGCUGCUGGCUGAGAUUGAUACAGAAAGGGAGCAGAUGAGUCUGCGGUUGAGACGGGAAGAGGCAUGCAGCUGUGCUCUACAGGAGGAGGUGGGGAGGCUGAGGAGAGAGGUACGACAGCUAAGGGGAGAGGAGGACAUGGAGGAGCAUAGUAGCGAGUUUGGGGAGGUGAGAAACGGUUCAGUAGAGGGUGGAACAGAAAAAUCAGACAUAAUCCAGCUGGAGAUUAACGGUCAUCAGACUCCAGUAGAGGAAGGAGGAAGUGGCUUGAGGCAGAGGAAUGAGAAUGGAGGAGAAAAUGGAGCUUUUCAUUUUACUUUAAGCUCUGACUAUAAUGAACUGACUAAUGGGAACGUGUCAUCCGCUAAUCUGAAUAAUGAGAGUCUUCCAACAUUUGGCACAGGCUCUUCUCCUGAGACAAGGUCUUCCUCUAGCCUACAGGCUGCCUACCAGGCUGGGAUCCAACAGCGUUUCCAUGCAGCACGUCACAAAUUCCAGUCCGUUGCCGAGCAAGACCCCCAGCUGGGCUCAUCUGUCCCUCAUUCCCCUCGUGAGCUUUCACCCUGUGCCACCACAGAUCCUCCAGCAGAAUGCAGCAACUCCAAACAGGCAGGCCGCAGCACAGUUACUCAGGCCGUCAACCGCUUCAGCACCAAACCGGCAUCGACACCCAACAGCUCACCCUUUGGCACAGACUACCGUGCCCUGUCCCCAUCCGGAGCUCUGUCUCCUGGAAUUCGCUCUCCCACAAUACCCAGGGUUGAUAGGGGUGUCCCUCCACCUAUUCCCCCUAAGAAACCGGGCCUGGCUGAGACCCCACCCUCCCCCGCCACCCUCCGAGCUACCCACGUGGCUCAGAUAUUAGCUGGAUGUGGACGUAAAAGCACAGAAAACAGCAAAGAACCAGACCUGCUGUUGUCUUCCAGCAGCUAACAAGCACACCUUAGUCAACCAGUCAUUAGUUCUGCAGUGGCACUGCCACAUCAUCAUAUUUAUGCCUGCUAUGAUAAUGCCAUUUAUCACCGACUUCAUUAUAUGAAGUCAUAUCAUAUCUGUUAUCAGUUAUAAGUAAGGAAUAACACUUGACGGGCCAUGCUCUUAUACGAAAGUAAUACAUGCCUGGGUGUUGUGACACCCUGAUUCCCACCUGAAGUGAAUUAUUUUUAUGACACCAUGGCCCGAAGAGUGUUCUUCCACUUAUAACACAGCAGUUUGCCAGCAAUUAUAUUUUUUAUUUAUUAAUGAAAGCUUUUGAACCAUUUAUAGUUGCAUUUAGUGUUAUGGAACGUCCUGUGAGUUCCUGUUAUCACUUGUUAUCAUGUUAUAACAGCUAUAAACAUUCAUUAGCUCACCAGCCUCUCUCUUUUUUUGAAUCUUUGCAUUGAAGUUAUUAAUACAAAAAACAUGCAGCUUGUCAAGUUAGUGAGAAAACGUGUUAAUUCCUCCGUCCUGACGACUUUUCCAAAGACUUUUACUUUCACGAGACCCUGAAUAACUGUUACGAAGCAUUGACACUUGAGACCACUUCCAUAAAUGUUACAUAAACUUCACCAUAUCAGCGGGUGUAGGUUUAUCUUUGAGCAUCCACCAUAUAAUUCUCAGUGAAUGAGCUCUUACUAAAGAAACAAUAACGGAUUAACACUAGCGCAUUAGUAAAAACAAACAAACAAAAAAAAAACACAGUGCCGUGUUAUAGAAAAUGAAUCCACACUUUCCAAUUUAAGAAUUCAAAUAUGCUGUGGUAUAAAUCACAAUAUUUAACAUAAUAUCUAAUGUAAUAUUUUUACUCUCCAAAGUUCAACAAUCAGUAUCAAGGUUUUCUUUUGGCUCUGUUUUCUGUCCAAUGAGAACAUCCAAUGUCGGAAUAAGCUUUAAAGCAGUACCUGUGGAAAAAAAAAAGGCAAUUAUCUUGACAAAAAUAUUAUUAUUUGAACAUAUUUUCUCGCCACAUUAAAACACUGUUGAGCUUCGGUUCGGUGUUGGUAAUUAUUGUGUGUUAAUUAUGAAAGAAGACAUUGAGGGAUUUUUUGGUACUUUUAGAAAGUCAUGUUCAGUCAGAGGUAAGUUGAACAUUUGUACAAUUACUGUUUACUAUGGUUCUGUGCAUAUAACUUUGUGUGCUCAACAUGUGCUUAUGUAUUGUAUACAGCCCUCUUUGAGCAGCCAGGUUUUCAUAAGUUCUUAUCCUUCAUAUGCAUUUUUGGCAUAUAUCCAUAUCUGAAAUGUUUUCUAGUUUAUACACUGUAAUGUAUUUUUGUGACAGUUUGUAUGUAACAGACAACCACGCUUUUAACAGCUUUUGUCAUUUGUGCAUAUGUAUAUAAAAUAUUAUACACCAAUGAUUAACUUUUAAGUUCUGCUUUAACGCUAUAUCUGUGAGAAAUCCCGAGGUAGCACAACCAUAAUAUUUGGAGGUUUAUGUCUGAGAUUCAAGCUUAUUAGUGUUCUUAAUAUUGUUCUUCUUAAUGUUCCCAAUCCAAUGUAUUCCAUAUCAGUGUUAUAUAAUAAUAAUAAUAAUAAUAAUAAUAAUCAUGUAAUGUAUUAUGAGAAUAUAAUUGUACAUGAGUUAGGAAAGUAUUCCUCUGCGUAUUAAAUAUAUAUACUUGG